GUCUAUAUUAACGAUAUUAUUAUAGCCUCCGAUUUUAUUAAUAAUUAUUUUAAAUAUUUAGAAGUUAUUUUUACUUUAUUUAUUUUUAAGAAUAUUGUACUCUCCCCUAAGAAAUCCUAUUUUAAUUAUUCUAACGUCGAAUUUUUUAGUUUUUAUAUUAAUAACUUCGGCCUAUUUACUAUUAAAGACCGAAUUGAAGCUUUUAGGAAGUUGGCCUUCCCUAAUAACCUAAAAGUAUUUGAAUAG